GCUGGAGAAAGAAGGCAGAGAUGAGGAGACAAGAACUUCCUUGGAACACCUGCUGGUUGCCAUGUUCACAGCUGGGAAUUUACCGAAAGGAAUUGUUCAUAGUUUGCAAAAAAGAGGAUGUUGGUCCGUCUGUGAACGUUUUCAGAAGUUUGUCUCAGCAGAUGCUGAGGAAUCGAACGUCUCCUCUGGGCUUCAGCUUACCUUCUCUGCAAACGUGCACGUGACCUCACAAGCAGGUCCGGGCAAAGCCGGCAGAGGAUUAGGACCAUCCGGUCAGAUGUAGCCCAUUAACGUAUGGAUUUCAGAGGUCAAAAAGCUUAAUAAAGACACUUUUCUAAAGUUAAGCUGAUGCUGGGACAGGAAGUAAUGAGAUCCUGCAGGACAAUCACGUCUGCUGCAGUGGAAACAUUUCUGCAGGAGGCUCUGAAAUCUGAUCAUAAAUCGUUAAAACGGCUGAAUUUACAGCUGUGAGAGCAGAAACUGAAGUCUGCACACCAUGAUGAGGAAGAGUCUUCACUUGGUAUCAGAAGAAACCUUUAAAACAGGUUAGAAGAUAUGAAACCAGGGAGUCACAAAAGCUUCUGAACCAACAGAAUCUUGUUUUCAAGAAGGCUCUGCUGUGCUGACAGGGAUCAAAGUUAAAAAAUGUUUGAACAUUUAAACUCAUUUCAGCUCCUAAAACCAGAGACAAACAGAAGGAGAAGAAUAAACAAAUAGAUGGAAGAGAGAUUCUUCUAAGCAAACGGAUCCAACAGAUUCAAGAUGAGCUUUCACAGCGGCCUGAACAAAAUCGACUUUCCAAUUAACUCAAUUUACUCAAUAAGCUCAAACUCUGAACGAUGCUUCUCUCACCACACCGAAAACGGAAGAAACACCCAACCAAGCUAAGCUUAAUCAGUACCAGUUCAGUCCAGAUCCCAUGAAAGGGUUUCCGGUUUAAAUCACAACCCUGAGUAAGCAAAAGGCCCGCGUAGGCCUGUCCUCAUUUCACAUCAUCCCUUUAUUUACACUUUCUCCCCCUAGCUUACAGCCCCUCCCACCCCUAACCCAACAUUAGCUGCGCAUCAAAAAUGACAAGCAGAGCUAUCGAGACGCACAAUUUAGAUCCAGAUUCCAGCUCAGACGAGGAAAACAAAGACGUUCAUGGAUCUGUUGGUCUGGCAGUGGCUGAUCAGAAUGGAGUGGAACAGCUUGUGGCUCCGCCCUGCGUAUUUUUUCCACGUCCCAAAUACAAUCUUUUUCGAACUGCAUUUUUUCAUCAGCUCCUGAUUCACAACGAUUUGAACAAAUAAAAACUCAGAAAUGCAAUUUUAAGAUCAUUUUCUUUCUAUAUGUCCUCCAUCAUCAGGAAAGGAGAUUGGAGUGGGUUUUUUUCCAACACUGCAGCUGAUUUAUUCUAAAACUGUAUAAAUACCAGAUUUAACUUCUUUGUUUGAUUAGAUAAAAUGUCCUCUUUGUUAAAGAAGUUGUCCUUGUAAACACGGUAAAUGCUAUCCAAUUAUUUUCAUGGUAAUAAAUUAUGACAUUUAGAAAAUUAAGAUUUUUCAGAAACCAGGAUUGAUCUGGAAUCUUCCUUUGUGAUUGUAAAAGUUAAAAGUUAUCAAUUUUUUUGAAAAAUUCCUCCAUGUGGCUCCUCGGUGAGUUCUUGUUUUCUCCUAUGAAGUUGGAGGAGGGGUUGUGCGCGCGCGCUCUUUUCACGAGCCUUUAAAAGAGACUUCAGAGCAGCUCAGACAAAAACUACUCGCAGCUGCACGCCACGAUGGGUUCAGUUCAGUUCAUUUUUUUAUCUGAUUUGAACCCUUUUUCUGCGGUGAUUUCACGCAGACCCUGGAGCUGGUGACCGUUACGCACAGACACGCGGGCAGCUCCGUGCGCGCAAAGUCUGGAGCUGGACACCGUUACGCACAGACACGCGGGCAGCUCCGUGCGCGCAAAGUCUGGAGCUGGUGACCGUUACGCACAGACACGCGGGCAGCUCCGUGCGCGCAAAGUCUGGAGCUGGUGACCGUUACGCACAGACACGCGGGCAGCUCCUUGCCCCCGGAGCACAGUCGCACCAUGCUCUUCCCGUCGGACAGCCUUUGCAACUUGACGGGUCAGAACUGUUCCCUGAACGUAACGCAGCAGCUGGGGGGCGUGAAGAAGAACCAUAGCGACCCGUUCGGACGGAACGAGGAGGUCGCCAAGAUCGAGAUCACCGUCCUGAGCCUCGCCUUCGUGGCGGCGGUGGUGGGGAACGUGAGCGUCCUGUUGGCCAUGCACAGGACCCGGCGGAAACUGUCACGCAUGCACCUGUUCAUGAAGCACCUGAGCCUGGCGGACCUGGUGGUGGCCUUCUUCCAGGUGCUGCCGCAGCUCUGCUGGGAGAUCACCUUCCGCUUCUACGGGCCGGAUUUUCUGUGCCGCAUCGUGAAGCACCUGCAGGUUCUGGGCAUGUUCGCAUCCACCUACAUGAUGGUGAUGAUGACUCUGGACCGCUACAUCGCCAUCUGCCACCCGCUGAAGACACUCCAGCAGCCCACGCAGCGCGCCUACAUCAUGAUCGGCUCCACCUGGGCGUGCAGCCUGGUCCUCAGCACCCCACAGUACUUCAUCUUCUCCCUCAGCGAGGUGCGCCCCGGCUCCGCUGUCUACGACUGCUGGGGCCACUUCAUGGAGCCGUGGGGGCUGCGCGCCUACAUCACCUGGAUCACAGCUGGAAUCUUCCUGCUGCCCGUGGCCAUCCUGGUGUUCUGCUAUGGAUUCAUCUGCCGCACCAUCUGGAUGAACAUUAAGUACAAAACCAGGAGGAAGCGCACGGACGCAGCUGAGGGCGCCACCACGAACGGCGUCCUGAGCCGGAGUUCUGUCAGCAGCGUCAGCACCAUCUCGCGCGCCAAAUUACGCACGGUGAAGAUGACCUUCGUGAUCGUGCUGGCCUUCGUGGUGUGCUGGGCGCCCUUCUUCACCGUGCAGAUGUGGUCCGUGUGGGACCAGACCUUCUCCUGGGACGACUCUGAAAACACCACAGUGACGCUCUCUGCUCUGCUGGCCAGCCUCAACAGCUGCUGCAACCCCUGGAUCUACAUGAUCUUCAGCGGACACCUGCUCUCGGACUUCUUCAGCGGUCUGCCGUGCUGUCGCCGCCUGAAGAUCCAGCUGCACCAGCAGGAUUCGGACAGCAGCGUCCGCAGGACCACGCUGCUGUCCCGCCUGCAGGGCCCGCGGCUUUCAGAGCCGUUCAGAGACCUCAACCUCACCGGUAAAAGCUGCCCACAGGUCCCGUCUGCGUCCUAUCAGACUGAUUUGUCACGAGCAGAAAGCUGAGGAACUCCAGGACUGAAAGCAGGAUGGAGGGAAUGAUCUCAUCUGUAGUUUGUUUUCUUUGGUCCAUUCCAGUGGAAAGGCUUAGCCUGCAGGAUGCAGAGUUUUAAUAACUCUUCAUCAUGCCAGACUGUAGAUUUUGGCAGCCAGAUGGUGUCAAAACAAAUGUAGUGACUUCAACUGGAGCUAGUGGCAUGAUGGAGCUGCUUGGACAGCUCGGCAGCAGGCCUUCCUCUUCUUUACAGUACCUCAUAAACGUUUUAACCUCUGAAGCUAAAGGAGACAGUAAUCCAGCCUUACUACUGUGGUGCUCUCAUAUAGAAGUUUAAAAGCUUUAACAGAGGAAAGCAGUGGAAAAUCUCACAUGACACAACAUGAGCGGAGGUCCAGAGACGAUUUCAGCAGCCAGAACGAAACUCUGGUAACAGAACUAAGGACACACGCCCACCUGCUGACCCAGCCUGGAGCCUGUCAAUCAUGCUCGGAAACCUUCACCCUUGGUUCUAAUAUUCUAGAGAAUCCAUCUCCUUCUAAUCAAGGUUCAAACUGUGUGGAUGGCAUCUUCUCAAAGGGAUGUUGACCCUCCUUCUUUCUGACCACCUCUUCUUCAGAGGAACAUCCCCAUAACAGCUCAGAAAUGACCUAUGAUCCCUUUGAUCACUGAACUCUCUAUGAUCCAGGAUUUUUCUGUGGUCUUGUCAGGAUCUAUAAUCCCUCUGUGAUCUAAUUUUUCAUCAAAAUCAAACAAAAUACAACUAAAAACUUGGCUUAAUGAAGUUUUCUUCAUAAAACAGAUUUUAAAUGUUUAAUUUUACCCCAAAAAGGGGGAUUUUUUUUCAAUCUAAAACAAUAUGGAAAAGAAGAAAACACACAAGAACAAAACAUCAGGUCCAAAGUCUCUAAGUGAACAGAGACACUUUUCUGAGCGAUCCAAGAAAUGGUGACCACAGAAUUCUAACCUUCUUCCACAGUAGCAUGCAUUAACCCUCCAUGUACCCCACUGGCUUUAUCCCUUACAUGAGAAAUGACAGCUUUGGCUUUGUUCUGGGUUAGUUCUGUAUGAACUACAAAGUCGCACACCGAUGACAUCAUAGCAGUGCAGCAUCCACAGAAAAUCAUUCACGCGCUAAUUUUUCUUUAUUUAAAAAAAUCGCGAUGGUCAAAUUAAAAUGACUCCUUACUAAUUUAGAUCUCUGUGAUAUUUCAAUGAUAACUUUGUGAUUGACAAUCUUUCCCAGGUCCUUCCAUGAUUUGUGAUCUUUCUAUGAUUUAUUAUUGUUCUCUGAUCUGUGAUCUCUCUAUGAUAUUUGAAUUCUUACUGACAUAUGAUCUCUCUGUGAUCUUUGAUCCUUCCAUGAUCUCUCUGUGAUCUUUGAUCUCUCUCCAGCAUGUCCUGGGUUUCCAUUGGAGCCUCUUCCCAGUAGAACUUACACCUCAAUAGAAAAUCAUCCAAGUAGCCUUUUUACCAGCUUUUCAAACCUUCCAUCUGAUCAUUUUAAUGUAAAAGAGUUUUCUCCCGGUGAAGAAAACUGUUUUCUUUUCUUCUCUGUGAUCCUAUCUAUUACUUUUUAUGAAGAAGGCUCACAGCUACAGGGGACAGAGGCAACAAUUACGGUCUUCUGCUACAAACUCUGCAUUAUUGUAGACGCUGAACCAUCAGUCAACCUCUUGCUUACAUGAGCUCCUCCUCCUGGGGGAGGACCUAUUCCUAGAUCUGAAAGAAUAAGUCCAGUUUCUCUCCUGGGGUGGGAUUAUUGAGGCUUCACCAUGGAGCCAAGUACCUGAAGACUGGAUAUAAAUCUAUGAGGUUUUUUCCUGGCUCCACCUGCAGGAGCCCCAAGGUGGGGGCCUAUCUAUUUUAGUUCUCUAACUCAUUAACAACAUUGAUUGUCAGCCAACUUCCAUGACUUUAUCUCAGAAAACUGAACAUUAUUUUUAAGCAGCUUGUUUUGCCUGUUUUAAAAACCUCCUUUUCACUUUUUUGUCUUUUUUUUUUGGUUCUGACUUAAACGUCGUCGUCUGGCUAAGUUUGAAAAAUUAAAAACUUUAUUUCAAACAUAAAUGGUUGCAACAUUUCCAAAAAAAUCAAAUAGCUUAAAUAGAAAUUUACUAUAAAGAGUCAAAAGUACAUAAAUUGAAAGUAUUGGGAUAAAGGAAAUGUAAAUAAAUGUGUCAUAAAAUCUUAUUUUCCUUAAUGUUCUUUAGAUCAGCAUUUGAACUAGAUCAUACAUUUCAUCCUCCCACUAGUGGGGCUGUGGACAAGAAUAAACCUUUGGCGGGUUUUUUUCAAGGUACUUUAUUCUUUAUCCAUAAAGGCCGUGUCAAAUAUCCGCCGUGUACUUUUUCCUCGAUUCAAAUAUGGUCAUUCGUGAACAUACGUGUAAAAAGGGAGAAAAGUAUUAUGAAUGGACCACGUUAAAACCACAGAAGUACGAAUAAACCACGCAAAGAACACAUAAAUCAACGUAGAACAUGAACCAUGCAGGACUAUUGCGCUGUUUAUAUUUGAUUCAUGAGUGAUUUGUGUGUCAAUUCCCCAUUUUUAAUGUGAUUUGUGCGCCGCAUACACGAUAUAAAAGAUAUACAUCGGUGGUACACACAUGAAAAGUCUGUUAGACAUACGUGGAACGGUCGUGGAAAAACACAAAUUUGCAUAUCAAUCUGCAAAAAUCAGACAGUUGCAUAAGAGUUAUGUAAUAAAUGUGUGUAUCACGCAUGUACUACGAUGGACCGAACCUUCAUACGUGGAAAAUGCGACUAGCUUAAGAUGUGGCUGUGUGACACUGCCUUUGGAAAUGUUGUCCUCCACUAAAUGUUCUUCCUGUUCCCCCAAAACAUUUUCCAGGUUGAAUCUAUAAAGAUAUUAUUCUGUAAAGUUUUGUUUCCAAUGUAAAGAUGUGUGAAUAUGUUGUACAUAAUGCCUUGUUUUUGCAUUUGGGGUCAAUACCGUGAUGUCCGAGGUGACGUCGUGGUAUAGUGAUCAGUCCUGUACCGCUCUGUCUGAUUUGGCUCCAAACUGAGAUAAAGUUUUUUCCUCCAUCA